CUCUAACAUAAUUUAACUUUAUAUGACUAAUGAUGGAAGUAAAUCCACCGGAAAAUAAUUAGUAAGAGAUAGCCGAAAAUAAUUAAAGUGCUCAGGAUAAUCUUUAGAGAGAUAAAUGCGUGUAGUGUAUUCAGUGUAUUUAGCUUUCCAAAGAUUACAUGAUUUUAUAGUAGGAAAUAAGACAUAAAAGAUUUGGGCGACGUGGUCGCCAUGUUCGUAUUGAUACGCAAAUCACUAAUCCGGAUCCGCGGGAUCCUUUGUUGAUUGUGUGUAUCUCUGAAAAGACGUCAUUGAUGUAGUUUGUCGUACGGAGUUGCCAUGUAGCUUGCCAUGAUGUCCAGAGACACCAUGCAUAGAUUAUUUGGAUAGGCUUCAACUACCAUGUCCAGGGUCGCUGUGGACGCUCCUUUGGCUAAGGUACUUGAUCGCGUCCAUGGUUGCUGUGGACAUGCUCUCUGGAUAAGCCUACCCCGACAUCCACGGUCACUGUGUAGUUCCUGAUCUUCUAUUAACUUGCGUCCACAGUCGUCAUGUACAGUAUUUUAUCUUCUAACCCGCGCGUGGUCACCACGUACGAGCUCUUCCUAUACCUUAUCAUCAUCCGCGCAUAGUUACCAUGCACAUCAACCUCUAAUUGUUUUCAUCCAUGUUAACCCGGUGAACAUUUAUCCAUGGUUGGGAUAAUUAUACCAUCACAAGCCCCCCACUCCCUAAGCCAAAUAGCAUAUCGGCGAUAGGGAGUAAAGAGACACAGUUGCCGUGUCAAUAUAGAGUACAUGGUCACCAUGUCCAGCUUUGUUUUUGUUUUUUACCCAUUCAAGAUUUUUAUUUUUUAUUUUUAACCAAAAUGCACUCCAUGACUUAAAAUUAAAAUUACUCUCACCCAAUCUCCCAAUUAGCUUUGCAGGCCACGACCAGUCACCUUUGCUCCAUUUCAGGCCACAACUCGCCGUCAACCAUCACUCGGUCAACGUCGCCGGCCGCGGGUUCAAUUUUAUCGGCGUCGCCGGCCGCGGGUUCAAUUUUAUCGGCGUCGCCGGCCGCGGGUUCAAUUUUAUCGGCGUCGCCGCCGACCACCGAACUCCUGUAGCCAAGCCUCUCACUGUCGCGAGUCUCCUCUGUUGCGCCCUGUCUUAGCCGCCAUCACUGUGUAGUUUGGGCUGCGAGCACUUUAGCGUGAAGCAAACCACCGCCCUCGUCAGACGCUGGCGCCUUCCGGUGACAUCCAGGACUGUUCGCCGCCGUCGUUUACCACCUGCGCCGUCGCCCCCUUGCUCUGGCUGUCUAUCCCGAUUCAGCCAUCGUCGUUGUCUUGCUCUGGAUUUUGCACCGCCGCCGCUAGGUCACGCAACAAGCAGGUAAGCACCGGUCUCCCUUUUGUCUUCUUUCCCUUUAUUUUGAUUUGAUUUGUUUCUUCUUUCUCCAAAUAAGUAAAGGAUUAAAUUAGUCUUGUGUUGACCAUAGCUGCCUCGGCUAUACCCUUGUUAACAGUUUACUACUAGUACGGAGUAUUAAUUUUGGCUUUGAAACAUAGCUCCUUUGCUAUCAAUUGUAAUGACAUCCCUUUCAAUUUUUUUUUUUUUGAAUAGCUAAUGACCUCGGCUAUCCCUUUGAAUAUACGUAGUAAUUUUUUUAUAAUUAACGGCUGAUUUUUCUCUUGCCCCUUUUUUUUGCAUAAUAUUUUAGCUGUUAAUACCUUAUGGAUAUACUGGACUCCAUAGACUCUGAUGAAUUGCUCAGUGGUGACGGGGAAUUAGUGUUGGAGAAUUUUCCUCAUCCCUGGGCAGAUGUGAAUUCUGAUGUUGAAGAAAUUAGUCCCAUAAAGCCACGAGCCGCUUCAGUCAAACCACCAAAACGUCGCUACCGUGGUCCGUAUCCACCCUUAGACCCGAGCCCCAUCUUACACUACAGGUCGCGCCUCUCAGUUUCCAAGUUUGAAAAGUAUAAGAAAUUUUUUCCGUCCACAGUGACUGUCCGAUGUCCCGAUUCGGAGGAUAUUGUAACCGAUCCUCCUAAGGGUCACUUUUUCGGGGUGCAUAUUCUUUCCAUAAAAUCAGGAUUCCGCUUUCCCACACACCCUUUGAUUAUCGAGUUUUUAAAUGAUCUUGAAAUUUCACCUUGUCACUUGACUCCGCUCGGUCAUCAGUAUUUGGUAGCUUUCCUGGUCCGGUGCGGGACACUUGGGAUUGAACCGUCCCUAGACCUCUUCAAGCACAUGUUCCGAGCUGGGCAGUGCUCGGCAUCUGAUAGUCUGUCCUGGGUGUCUAUCUCUCAGCGCAACCACUUUGACAUGUGGAAGGUCACUCGUAGCAACGAAGCCAAUUGGAAAGAAGAAUUUGUCUAUGUGUCGUCUGGAUCUCCGUUACCUUUUUCAUCGUCUUUGAAUUGUCGGUUUAAGAAGUAUUCGUACCCGAAACUUCCGGUUGACCAGGAGACAUGGCCGGCUAUGAUUCUUUCUGGAGGACCGUAUAGCCUCUCUGCCUUUACUUCCGAGGACCGCCUAACCACGGUUGGACUCUAUUCGCCGUCACCAUGUUCGGGUGCACACGCAUCCACGUCCACGGAUCAAGAUAUGACAUCGCGGUUGGAGAUGUUCCAAAGCUUCGACCAGGAUGGGCCUCGCGGUAGUGACCAGGGGCGCUCUGACAAGAAACCAAGGGUUCCCUCCGUCACAAAAGGCAAGGAUGCCAUUGUAACUGUGCCUUCAUCCAUUGCAAAACGCAGGGCCGCUAGCCCCGCAGCCCGCGUCACCCGUAGCAUGAGUGAUAUUCCCACGGCGGGGAUGACUACUUGGUUACGAGGUAACCUUGAGUUACCUCCGCUCUUAUCACAGCUACUGUUGUCCAUCUCCGAGGUGAACCGAAGGAAAGAUGAGCGCGAGAAAGAUUUGUCGCUACAACUCACCGAAUUAGCGAAGGAGGUGGCAUCGCUCAAGCUCGUGCGUGACUCACAUGCAGCCGAGGUCACUGCGCUUAAAGAAAUGCACGCCGUGGAGUUGGCCAAUGCAAGGGGGCGGGCCGUGGAUGCAUACAAGAAUUCUCCAGAGUUCGUGUCUGAUCAGGAAGCAUACAUUAAUGCCCACUUGAACGAUAUUAGCAAGCAUUGGUUGUCUACUCCGGAAGGUCGUGAGAAACUGGCCUUAGAGAGCUACGUUUCCUACCAGAUCGGGAUAUAUGCCACUCAACAGAAAAUAUAUCCUAUCUUGAGGGAUAAGGCUGGUACCUCUUGCAUCACUGAUUGGGGACUUCCUCCUGAGGUUCCCAACCCUGAGAACCCGGUAGCCAACACGCCCCUGGACUAUAUUCCUUUUGACAGACUCCCCACUGAUGAGGAGCUUGGCGAUCUUCCUUCCGAGACAGAUCACCCAGCUUCGACUGCUUCUGUGCCUUAGAGCAUGCAUGGGAGUGACGGAUGGACGUAGUGUAGACUUUAAUUCUGUCAUGUCUUCAAUUACGAGUACCCGAAUUGCUCAACAUGUUUUGAAUUUCAUAAAAUAAUAAUGAUGCAUGUCUUAUUUUCCUUUCGUUAUUGUUU